AUGCAGGCCACAACAACCGUCUUCGUCACUGUAUACCCUACCAGCCCCGUUCCUGUUGACACCAACCCCUCCACCCAAAAUGCGGGUUCUGAUGGUACUCUAUACCGUACCGUCUAUCCAACAAAAACGGUCCAGGUUUCCCCUUUGAAUUCGGUUGAGGAUGGCCAUCAAACAGUCCAGGCCUUCACCACUCUGACCAUAUCAGAUCUCUGGAUUAGUGAAUCUUCCGCAGUGGAUAGUCCCACGUCGGCUGAUCUCAGCUCUGUCUCUGCUGCUGCUGCUACUGGAGUAUCUCCGCCUGAUGGCUCACCUUCACGCGGCCCCAUCGACUACAGCACUGUCCCGAACGCCUCUGGAGCCAAAGCUGGCGAGACCAAUGGGCCUUCCUAUAGCGGAAGCUCCUCUCAAGCUCAAGGGACAGCCAACCCAAGCAGUGCUGGUACCCAGUACAUCACUGUCACCGACACCGAUGUCGAGUGGGUUUCGGGCAAUGGUGGCCCAAGCCCUGUCACUAUCUUGUCUGAACAUACAGUCACACUUGCAUCAGCCGAAGCGGAAGCCACCGAUGGGAGACAAGCUGCCGUUACCUGCUGGACUGUGACUGGUUCUGACGGGAAGGAAACCGUGGUAGAGUCAGUCAUCAGCACCAUCCGAGCGACUGAGGCUGUUCCAGUCUCAACCAUCGCGGCUAUCAGCCCAGAUGGUACCUUUUUUCCUCAAGCUGUCACGUCGGCUGUCCAGGACCAGGCGCCAGUCACUACCAUAACUGUUGUUGGACCCACACCGGCGUAUACUGGGCCAGGUAUGACCACCACUACCGCUAUCAACGUGCUGGGACCAGAUGGAAUCUCUUCUACAGUAUACUCAACUUGGGUCAUUCCCGGUGCCUCUGUUGCGGAUGCUUCAGGAGUCAUGCCAGAUGCCACUUCAGUGCCCCCGGCCUCCACGCAAAGGCCCUGGAACGGCGACGAUGUUGCUAGCCGCACCAGCUACACAAUCCUUGGCUCAGACGGAAAACCUACAGUGGUUGAAUCAAUUCUGAUUAUUCCAGCAUCUGUCAUCUUGGCCACUGAUUUGCCUCAGAACCUGCCAAAUGGCAUAUCAAUUCAAGCUACUCCUUUACCAGCUUCUCAAACUUUGGUAGCUGGCUCUGAUAGGCCUGGAGUCGUCACCACGUGCUCAUCCUACACUCUUCUGGGCAGUGACGGGAGGCUGACUGUCAUUGAGACGACGUACCUUAUCCAAGCCUCAAUUGUCAGCCCAACAGCCCAGGCAACUCCUUCUGGACUCGUCACCGGCAUACCGGCCCAAGCUACUGUGGCUCCAGGGCAAGCCUUGCCUGGUGCAAUGACUGCUCAAGGCUUGACGACUUGUGUUAGCUAUACCGUUCUCGGCGCUGACGGUAUUCCAACUAUAAUCGAAUCAACCAUUGCUUUGCCAAGCAGCAACGCUUUACCAACCAAUACUGUCAUUGGACUUCCAUCAAUGGUCCCGCAAGUUGAAACAAGCAUGUUGCCACAAGGAACCCAGGUCUCCUCAGCCGGUAUACCUUGCACCACAGUCGUUACAGUCGAUGUGCUUGGUCGUGACGGCUUGGCUACUCCCGUCGUCGAGACUAUCAUCUUGCCGCCGCCGACAGCUGGUCAGCAAAGUGCUACGGCCCCUUCUACCACCAUCGGACUCCCUUCCUUAGUCCCCCAGGCUGUGUCUGAUUUGCCCCAAGGUAUCACACCCUCUGUUUCAGGGCCUAGCCCUAUCACCACUGCGGUCACUGUUACCGUGCUUGGACCUAACGGGACUCCAACUCCCAUAGUCGAAACGAUUGUCGUUACACCACAGGCACAGGCCCCUGUUUCUGGGUUGGCACCUUCCCUGCCUGCUUCCGGCGUUGCCCUCUCCACUAGUGCGCCGAGUCUGAAGGAGUAUGGCUCUGUGACAUCCCAAGGACAAGUCAUCAUCUCGCCCCCAUUUGCAGCGACUUCGGCAACAGAUUUUCUUCCUGCUGGCACAAAUGCUGCAACAAAUGCACCCAUCUUCACAAUCGUGACAGGUCCCGGCGGCAUCCCUGUUUUUUCUCAAGCUGCUGCUGGCGGAUAUGGCUGGCUUCCUGCUGGUGCAUCUCCAGCUGCGUAUGCUGCUCUGUUGUCUGAUCCAUCUGUGGUCCAACCCCAGCAGGCCCCAACCACUGCGGUGCAGACGAGCACUUGGGUCAAUGUUAUUCCCGAGCCGACCACGACUUACACCAUGAAGUUUCCCUUGACUACGCUUGCCACUGUAUUUGUGCCAGCCAGAAUCUCUGCAGCCAAGCGCGGUUUGCGACGUCAAGACAGCCAUGCGCCAUUCGCUGGCGGUUGGAGCAACGUCACCUCCAAGGUUACCCAGCCUGUAUCGGAUGACGGCCCUCUUGCGCCGAGUACUCAGGCUUCUCCAGCGAGUCCAGCUGCACUGACGUCUACUUCUCUCGAUGCAAACCAAGGUGUGAGCCCGGUCGUUUCCGCUCCCGAAAUUUGCCCAGAAGGCACAAAAGUCGGCAACAUCACAAUAAAUUUUGACUCUUCUACACCAGGCCCUCUGUUCAACCCCGACGGAGACUUUUGGUUUUCUCAAGGGUUCCUGGUUGCACCGCUCUCGCCCCAGUCUGUUCAAGGUUACAAGGCUUCUUCUGGCGGCCAACUGGUUGAAUUCGUGCCUCCAGCUCUGAGUUCUCCAUCCACGUCUGGUAGCAGUGACAGUGCUGAAAUUGGAGUGGGACCCAACUCCUCCAAACCUUGCUUCCGCUUCAACUUUUACGGCGCAAAUCUAGGAUGCGCAGCGCAGGCUGCGGAGCAAUGGUGCGAGUUUGAGGUUUCGGCAUACACGUAUAACACUGCUGCCGCAAAUGAAAUGUCGAUUGCGUGGUCAGAGGUGAAGCGAGUUGCGGCGUGCCCAAGCUUUCCAGGUGCUCCAUGCGCUCUAACUCCCGUCACAUUUGACGGAUACCAGAACCUCACGUCCAUCCUGAUCCGCCUUCACGUCGGUGGGAACCUUCGCACUUGGUGGGCUGAUGAUUUUCAAUUGGGGUGGACUGACAACAGCUGUGAAGUCGCGCAGUGUCGUCAAGGUGUUGCUCCGCAGCGAGCCAAGAGGGAAGUUGUGGAGUCGGCUGUUCGGGACGGUGUCUGGCACUGGACUCGGUCCGGGCUGAAGAGGAUGCAGGACAGGUACGUUUGGAACUCGGCAAAGUAA